CGGGGCGGGAUCUCCCCCCUUGGGGAACGUGCAACACCAAAAGGGGUGGGGUGUCAGGCGCGUGUAGAAAAAAGGGACUGCGCACGACAGCCCGUUUGAAAUGUUAUGUGGAUCAGAUACUUGCCAGUCUUGAAAACAAAUUCCCGCAGACACACGACCCACGCGAAAGACACGAGAGCUGUCUCUUGCCAUAGGUCUACCAUUCAUCUGACUUUGAUUAGGAGUUGGUGAACCUGCCCUCUUCAGCUUUUUUCGUUCAACUGCUUUUUAAUGCUCUUACCUGACAUGGAGAGUACCACCAUCGCCACCACGAAGCAAACAACCACCUACCGAUUUACUUUGUCGGAUAAAAGAGCAUUUGCUCCCGUGACAAAUACGGCGAAAGACUUCAGCUCAACUCUUCAUGAGUCAAAAGAGUGCAAGUCCAUAGUGCUGAAAAGACAGCGCUCAAGCAGCCCAGAGCUCCUGAGGUGCAAGCGGAGGCUCGCUUUUAACGGUUUUGGUUACACAAUUCCUCAGCAGCAGCCAGUUGCGGUUGCCAGGCGCAAUGAGCGUGAGAGAAACCGGGUAAAGCAAGUCAAUAUGGGCUUCCAGACUUUACGGCAGCAUGUUCCCAACGGAGCAGCAAACAAGAAGAUGAGCAAAGUGGAGACCUUGCGAUCAGCAGUGGAAUACAUCCGUGCACUUCAGCACCUUUUGGAUGAACACGAUGCAGUUUCUGCAGCCUUCCAGUGUGGGUUGCAGUCGCCUCCGUUGUCCAAUGCCUACUCAGCGGAUCCGGAAUCACCUCAUUCAACGUACUCAUCCGAUGACGGGAUUAAUGAUCAUCUAAGUUCAGAGGAGCAGGAACUUCUUGAUUUCACCACUUGGUUUGAUAGAUACUAGACGAAGACACCCAAAGAUUCUGUCGAAGACCGACUGAGUUUAGCCACCUUGUUCAACUAGACUGAAGAUGCAACAGUUUCAUAAGGACACGAGCUACCAGAUGAACAACCAAAAAUAGUCCAACUGAUUGGGACGCGCAAGUAGGCUACACACAGCGGAAUGUUUUGCAUCUUCUUCUCUUCCAAAGUGGAAACAGGAACUGAACAUUACUAGGCCUGUCAUAUUUGUUCAGUCUGCGAGGUAAAGGUACUGACUGAAAUUGAAAUGGAAGUUGAAGUUUGUUAGAACUUCUGUUUUAUUUCAGGCAGAUACCAAUAGCGUGUCACCGAUAAACGUUCCUCUUUUGGAUGACAGUUUACCUUUGAGCCUUAGUCCAAUGUGGAUGAUAAUAUUUUUUAAGUGAGCAUGUCAUGUGAUAGCCGUUUCUAACCCUCAGAUGUCAAGGUCAUCACCAUCAUUGUAAAUAUAUUAUUUUCAUAU